ACCAGAAGAACGCUCGGAACAAGGCUUGCUGCUUGCUUGUUAUGUUGGCCGUUAUCCUCCUGAUCAUUGUUCUCGCGGCGGUCUUGGGAUAAAGCCGAUCGUCUGUUUCCGUCUUCCUUUCGCGCUGCUGCUACAAUGAUCUAUAUCGUUCAGCAUGACCGUCCCCUCUUUUGAUGAUAUCCUCUCGAUGUACCUUUAUGCGCAUGCUUCGUGCUUUUCAACUACUACAGGCGGCUUGUUGUCUUCUGCCAUACCUCUCUUCAUGGAUUCGCAGGCGCAUAUGGAGCAGAGGAUGUGCUAUUUACAUUUGUCCUUCUAUCGUUCUAUGCCCUAUAUCAUACAUAGCUUGUUAUACAUGAACUGUACACUGCGUUGAUUACCCAAGACCGUACCCAAACUCCUUUUUUCGCC